AUGGCUGACAGAUAUUCGUUUUCCUUAACGACAUUUUCCCCAAGCGGAAAGCUUAAGCAGAUUGAGCAUGCUUUAGCUGCAGUUAACCAGGGUGUCACUUCAUUGGGUAUAAAGGCAACAAAUGGAAUCAUUCUUGCCACAGAGAGAAAGUCAAAUUCAGUGUUAGUCAAUUCAGAUUUCACGGACAAAAUAGUUAACAUUACACCAGAUAUUGGAAUGACAUAUUCAGGUAUGGGUCCUGACUUCAGAGUUCUAUCGGAUAAAUCAAGAAAAGUUGCACAUACCAAAUAUAAGAGGAUCUACAACGAGUACCCACCUACGAAGAUUCUUGUUUCAGAUAUUGCACAGAUCAUGCAGGAAGCAACCCAGAGUCCCGGUGUGAGACCAUAUGGUGUUUCUCUUCUUGUUGGAGGAUACGAUGAUAAUAGUGGCUUUAUGCUUUAUCAAGUUGAUCCCUCUGGUUCAUACUUUCCAUGGAAAGCCACUGCAAUUGGUAGAGGAUCGAAUGCGGCCAAGACAUUUUUAGAGAAGAGAUGGAAUGAAGAAUUGGAGCUUGAGGAUGCCAUCCAUAUUGCACUUCUAACCUUAAAAGAAUCCGUGGAAGGUGAGAUGAAUGGAAAUACCGUCGAGAUAAGUAUCAUCGGUAAUGCAAACGACAAUCUGUUGGGAUAUAAAGGUGUGUCCGGAGCUACUGGUCCAAGAUUCAGGAAUCUCUCACCACAAGAAAUUAACGAUAGACUAGAUGCUUUAUGA